AUGGCUUCCUCUCUUGCAGUCAAGCGAUUUCUCUCCUCCCCCCUUCUUUCAAGAUCUCUCCUUUGCCCCGUCGCCUCUUUCAACACCAACGCCAUGCGCAACUACGAUAAACACUCUGAUGACCGUAACGUUGAUGUCGAUCGCCGCGCUUUCCCUCACACACGGCGCGAUGAUCUUCUUCUCUCAGAUGUGUUCGAUCCGUUUUCUACACCAUGGAGCUUAAGUCAAGUCCUAGACAUGGUGAAUUUACUGACGGACAAUUCGGUCCUUUCUGCUGCUUCGCGAUGCGGAUGGGAUGCGAGAGAGAUAGAGGAUGCUCUACUUCUUCGUUUGGAUAUGCCUGGACUCGGUAAGGAUGAUGUGAAGAUCUCCGUGGAACAGAACACUCUUAUUAUUAAAGCUGAGAUGAAAAACGUCGUGCCGUAUGAGUGA